AAAUCAUGCUGAAGUUCAGACAGCAAAGAAGAAAGCAAAGAGCAAAAGCAAAAAGAUUUAAAAAAAAAGGAGCCUCUCACUUUCAAUCCAAGCUAAUUACACCUCCCCCUCUGCCACCCUCAGCAGAAAGAGUGGUUAUUCCUCCAACAAAUACACUCCUUAGCAAAAGCUGGCUAAGGUCAUCCUGGAAUUUCAAAUUUCCCAGUAUCAAAGAUGCAGUAAAACUUUGGACAAAUAGAGGAUGGUCAAUAUACAACUGGUGCCAGAACUGCAUAGCCCAGAGUUUAGAGGUAUUGAAAGACACCAUCUUUCCUUCCCGUUUCUGCCACCGAGAACUUCAUAGUCUAAAACAACGGUUUUGCAUUUUGGAAAAUGAAUUGUGCAAGCUCCAGGAAGCACUGAAGAGCAUCUCAGAAAAUUCUUCCUGUCCAAGCUGUGGUUACACGAGUGGUAAACUUACAAAUGUGGCUGCCUGUGCUCUGACCACCCCUGGAGAAUCCCAAGCUAUACUUCCUGCCAUUCUGCCACAGCCAGCGGUCCAGCUUCCUCCUCCACCCCCUCCUCCCCCUCCUCCACUUCCACCUCCCCCUCCCCCUCCACCACCCACAGCACCUUUGCUGCUCAGAAAAUCCAAUCUCACUAAAGCACUUCAGGCUGGACCAUUAAAAAAGGAUGGACCCAUGCAGAUAACAGUUAAAGAUCUAAUGACUGUGAAAUUAAAGAAAACACAGAGUUUUGAUGAAAGGAAAAAGCUUGUUCUAUCACCAAAGGCACGGAACCCGCUAGUUACGGUCUCUGACUUGCAGCGUGUUACCCUGAAGCCCAACUCCAAAGUGUUAUCAACUCGAGUUACAAAUGUCUUAAUUACUCCUGGUAAAAGUCAGAUAGAUCUGCGGAAACUACUUAGAAAAGUCGAUGUAGAAAGGAGCCCAGGUGGGACCCCUCUUACCAAUAAAGAAAAUAUGGAAACAGGAACUGGAUUGACUCCAGUAAUGACCCAGGCCUUGAGGAGAAAGUUUCAGUUGGCUCACCCUAGAAGCCCAGUUCAAACUCUGCCACUUUCUACAAGCAGCUUUGAUGAACAAAAUUGAUGCCAACUCUGCCCGACUUCGUGUGAUCAUCCAUAAAAUAUCCAUAAAAUCACCCCACUCCUUGUUUUUAAAA